ACUACGUUCUCUCACUCGCAGUCUGUCAGAGUCCACAGUCCUAACUCGGCCUCAGGCUAAGAUAGAUUGUAUCUUUCGUCGGUUCGAUCUCGCCGGGGAAUUCAUCUCGCGCGCGUCAGCCACGUCGGCCCUGACCGACCUCCUCUGUCACGACCGAUCGAACGAUCCUCCAGUGUCGCCGAAAUUGUCCGACCCGACCGUCGCGUCGGCCGCACACGACCCCGCCGGUCCCCUUCGCUUCGCCGUUCGAUAACGUUCCGCGGAAAAACGGUUCCCGGCCGUUGUUGUUUUCAAGUGCUGGUGAACGCUAGGAUUCCAGGAUACUUUUCUUGUGCCACGGGAUACGGCACCGAUAGCCAGCGACCUAGGAGAUGCGCCCAAAAUUGCGACACUGUUGAAGUCACGUCUGAUCGAAUAAGCUGUAAAUCAGAUCGAAAGAUGCAGACAGCACCGUCCGUGCUGUCGUUGUUCCUGAUCGUCCUGAGCUAUUCAGGUUGGACAAAUGGGUUGUGCGACUUGGAGAACGGCACUGCAGCUCGUUGUACCGAGCUUAAAGAUGCCAAAUACAUAGAGACCUAUGAUCUGGAGACAUUGAAGGCUCCUGCGGUUGAGGUGGAUCUUCAUCCUGGUCUCUUCGAUAAUUUAACAACCCUUCGACAUUUGGACCUUUCGGGAGGCGACCUGCAACGACUGCAGCCAGGAGUCUUCGAAAAAUUGACCAAUCUCAGAAGCUUGAAUCUUGCUGAGAAUGAACUCGAAAGUCUGGAUGCCGGUGUCAUUCGCGGACUAAAUCAUUUGCACAGCCUGAACCUUCGUAGGAACAACCUCCGAGAACUACCACCAGGGAUAGUCGAAGUAAAAUCUCUUAGACACCUCGAUGUCCAAGGCAAUCCUCUGCAAUGCAACUGCGCGACGCUCCUCGUGAGGGAUUUGAUUACGAAGCAAGGCGUAAAGAUUUCAAAGAAAACUGUCUGCGCUGGUCCGAAGCAUAUAAAAGGAACGUCUCUGUUCAAACCGGAUGCAGCGAUCACCUGCAACCUCGAAGAGCAAGAUCAUGAAAUGCAAAAUGAUGAUCCUAUCGAUGAAUCAGAGCAAGAAUACGGGUCAGGUACUAACGAUAAGGAAGACAUUGAGGAAGAAUUCGUUAAUAUUUUGGAAACUUCUCCUGAACCUACCAAGGCGCCCGAAAUUGAAACACCUGCACCAGAGGCAGCCUGUUUGCCUGGAGACGCUGAGUGUCCUGUGCACACGUCCCAAGAAGAAGAGAUUUUCGUGGACUCUACUGAGAAGAAAGAGGAUCCAGUUACUCCAGGGAUGGGAAGGAAAAAGGUGUACAAGGAUGCUUUGUUCUCCCCAAUCGAGGGGUCUGGAGACGACGACGACGGCUCUGGUGAAGGUUCCGGGACAGGAACAAUCUUCGACGGUUGGGGCAAGGUUGACGGACCGGUCGAAACCACUCACAGCGAGGAAGAGACGCAGUCGAUAGGAGAUAAACUAUUGAGCACGUUUUUCAACGUGUUCUUGAGCACCAGCGAGCUUCCAGAAACAAAGAAGGACCUUGACCUAGAGGAAGAACAGUUUAUCGUCGCGUCCACCAGCAAAGCUGACGAGAAGGUUGUCGUAACGAAGAAAAUCACUGAAGACGAAUCAGCUCCGGUCACCGCUAGCAGCAGUACUGAAACAGUUCAAAAUAUCACCACGAUAUCAGUUCACACUAACGUAGAAGUGUUCGACGGUGAGCUGCCCGAUCUCUCGAAGGCAAGCAAUGUUAAAGCUGAGGAGGAUGAAGAGAACGACAAACUGGCUGAAGUCUCGGCAGCGAAACAGUCUAAGAAAGGGAUAGGUUCCUACGUGGUCCUUGCCGCGCUGUUAGCAAUUUUAGCCACCCUCAUAGUAUUUGCGGCUUAUAAAGGCGACUUUUGUAAGAAGAAGAGGAAACGCGGCGAUGUGGAGAGUGGCACUGAGAUGAAAGACAUGCAAAAGUCUCUGCUGGACACGGGCAACUCGACGCAACCGAAAGUAAUCACGAAUGGCAACGUAGAGAACGUGCCUCUGGUCGAAGACACAGCCGACCACGAGGAGACGAGAACAUCCAGUGAUCAUCAGAACGCGAUCAGCGCACCCAGGUCACUGAACGGCACCUCCGAACGCAUCGACCCGGUGAAACCGCCUAGAAGGAGCAACGGGAGGUCGAGCCCUGACGCGAACUCAUUAAAGAAUGACUCGCCAUCAGCGAGAACGAGUCCCGUCGACGUGACAGUGAGCAACGUCCCGUUGCUACCUGCCAACGGUCCACCUCUGAGUCCCGGUGCUCAGAGAGUGAAGAUCACUUUGCAAGAGAAUCCAGACAGCGUGCCGAAAACGCCUAUACUCAUCACGAGAACGAUGGCUGGUGAGAAUCUAGUCAAAACGCCAUGAAACCGAGCCGCGCGUUAGUCGACAGACAACGAGGAACGGUUCAAUCCACCGAAACGAUCGAUUAACAUGAAACGAAACACGAAUUUACAAGGAGCCUGAGAAACACGAAGAAGAAAUCGGCGCGACGCGAUCGUGUGUUCCGAUUCAAUGGAUUCAUUAGUGACGCCAGUGUUCCUAGGUCCAUGUAUCAUGGUCCUUCGUCGCCUUGGAUUUUCCUGGUUCAGUGAGAUGUAGAGUUACUAUCGAGUUUGUUAUCUUGAACACGAAGACAGGACUGUGUCUAACGGGCGAUCGAGUUCGGUAGCGUCGUAGUUCAACGGCAAUUGAGAGGAUUAGGAAGGGACGUGCGAUUCUGUGAAAUGAGAUUGUUUGUACAUAUUUGCAGAUAUAUAUGUAUAUGCAAACAUCCGUUGUUUGCAGAAGAUUUACGGAUAGAACAGAUUUGAUACAUUUUCAAAUACGCGUAUACAAUAUUAGCACACUAGUCAGUUCCCUCUAAGGAUUUUCCUUCUCGUGCAGGCUUGAAAGGGAUUCGAGUGUCGUUUAGGUCCAUUUUAGAAUCCUCUGAACUCGACAUUGUACCGUUACCUAUAACUUGAGCGCAAUUUCAACAUUCUUGUAAUAAUAAAAUCCUUUGUAAUUAAUGUUACGGUUGUUCUGUUUUUAAUAUUACGGAAUCAAUGGAACAAUAGUAUCGAAGAAUAUUACGAGGACGAGUGAACGUUAUUAAGCGGUAUUAAGUGUAUACAAUGGAAUAUGAACGGAAUAAAAGUUCGACUUUUGCAAGCGAAAUUUACUACUUAUAAGGAAGGGUCGCGAACGGUCUAAUUCUGAUUCGAGUGAAACUUUGUAGGCCUGUAGAACUGUUGCAAAUAGUACAUACGUACUGCAUUUUUUUAGUAGUAACUCAAAUUCAGACGUUAAGAUCAUUAUUUAACAUAUGAUUUCAACAUAAAAAGGAUUCUUUAGUUAUUAGUUGUAGAUGUAUUAUAAAAAAAUGUUUGCGUUCACAAAAUAUUUGUUGAAUUAUUGAAAAGAAAUGCAUCGUUCAUAUAAUAAAAAUUACAUCAUAUUUCAUUCUAAUAUACACCAUAUAUAAAAUCAUACUUAUAGUAUUUGUAACAAUUAAUGAAAAGAUUUUUAUUCUUACUGAUUUUUCUUCUGAAAGUGCUGUUUUUAAAUGAUAAGUACCAUGUAUAUAUUAUUCUGCAUAUAGCGUUGCGACGGCAAUGAUAUAUUUGUUGAAGAACUGUUUAAGAAAUAAAGAAUUUUUACAUUAUCCACGUUUCAUUAUCGCAGUAUCACUGCAAAUAUUAUAUCUGUAGUAAGUUCACUUUCGACGAAGCAAGAGCAUUUUAAAUCAAAUUUGAUAUUUUCUGUAUGUACUUUUGAAACCUCAAAUAUGAAGACUAAUUAUGAACCCCUGAUAAUAUAAUUAUUCAAAUAUACUAAAUUUAAUAUAUUGACUAGUUGAAUAUUGAGUUGGGUAUAUUAUUUUGAGCAGAUUCUAGUUUUAUUAUAUUUUUCUUAUCCCGAAGGAUUAUUCAUCAAAUUCUAAUGCUUAUAUUUUCAGUAAUUAUACAGGUUUAAUUUCCUGUAUAUCUUGCUUUUGCGACAGUUAAUAUCAUACUCCUAUUCUCACCGUUUAGUGACGUAAUUUCACAAGACUUCGAACUAAAGAAAUGAUAAGUGUGAAGUAAUGGUAAUGAAAACUGAAUAAUUCUUUUCUUCACUGUAAUAGAAGAUUUUAUAGUUUUACUUUUGAAUGUGAUUUUAUUCAAGGUUUUCAUGAACUUACCACAGAAAUAUAUCAAACUUAUCGGAACUUAAUUUUUCUAAUUUUGAGAUUCCAGAAGAAAUAUUACGAAGACAAAAUAAACUUUGUUCCUUUAGUGGCCCGUAACAUCUUCUAUUUUAAAAAAUUAUAAUAAAUAAUUAACGAAAUUAUCCUUAAUGAACAAGUAUGUUUAAAAAAAUAACGACAAAUAGAAGAUUACGAGAUAGAUAAUUCAGUGAUUCAAACUUUUGGAUUCCAUCAGAAAAAACGUUGAGUUGCUAGAAUUAAAAAAAUAUUUACUUAUUAUUUAUAGUUACUCUACAAGCCUACAAAAUUUCAUCCAAACUGAAGACAGACUGCUCGUGAUCCGCCCUCGUUAGUUAUUAAUUAAAAGAUAAUUUAUAGAAAAUUUCUAUUGUAUGAAUUUGUAACAAACAUUCCAAGUCGGUCGUAUCAUCUUAUCCGAUAAACGAUUAGAUCAUUUUACCUUUCAUUAUGUAAUAAACGAUUCGCCAGAAUGAUGUCAAAGUUUUGGUUCAAUGUCUUACAUUCGAAUACAAUUUUUCGAAUUAUCAUUAUAAUAUUUCAUCUCUAAAAUAUUUAUAACGUUUAAAUGUAAAUUGCCACACUUUCCAUAUACAGGUUCAUUAAGAAAUAAUAUCGUAAUUUGUUGCAUAAUCUUUUGUUAUUAUCUUAAGUGAAAAUAGUAAGAAGCGCAAAUAAAAACUUUACAGAAGUGAGUAGCCUUAAAUAAUUAAUUUGUUUAUUAAUACAAAGUUUAUAAAUAAGUUUAUAAAUGUUAUAUAUUGUUCAAACACUUGUUGAAAGGCGCUGAAAGUAAUGGGAGUCGUUCUUAAAAUUUGGAAAAAAUUCAAAUAUAGUCUCAAUAAUGUAGUAUUGAUUUUCAAAGAAAAUCCUUUUCCUAAAGGAAAUGAAUUUUGUUUAAUAUCCAUUAUAAAAUCAUACUGAUAUUAGUAUUAUUGGUAUUGUAUCGUCGAUAAAAAGAAUGGCAGUAAAAUACAAUUUUCUUAAUUCUAGAAACAACCAUUCUCAUCACUUUCAUUAACUUUGUUUCUUCAAACCAAAUUUUUAUAUAUUCUUCGUUUUAACCAAAUGCGCGAUAUAUUAAAACAUUUACAAUUAAUAUAUUAAAAUAGAGUGGAUCUCCUUAUAAAAAUGUAAAUAAAUUGCUCAUAAAAUUAGUUCGCGUAAUUAGCGGCGAAAAGAAAUCAUCCUAUCGAUAUUGUGAUUACCAUCGAAGUACUGAAAAUGAGUAAUCUUUGCACCGUUAUAACAAUCCACACGUUAUCAUCAUUAUCGCCAUUUUGAAGUGUUCCCAUCAUGAAUCAACCACGUAACGUAAAAUAUACAUUAUUGUAACUAAAUAGCGGAGACGCAAUCAAUAUGAGUAUAAAUAUAUUUUUCAAUUGUUUAUAAUUUUAAUUAUGAAUGCAAAAUAAAAUAAAAAUAUUUAUCGAAUAAAUCUUUAUUCCUAAAGAUUACACAUUAAUUUUAUCGAUAUCUUAAUAAAUUUGGUUGGUAUUUGACCUCUAUGAGCUAAAGAUGUAUGUACUUAAAAAUUUGUAUUGUUCGUGCGAUACUUUAAAAAUUACAAACAUGAUAAUUUCAUAAAUGUGUAUUAAGAAAGAACUUGGUAGUAAGUUAAAAAUUUGUUAAUGUAUAUUAUUCACGUCCAUUUAUGAAAAUGGUGUAUGUAUAAUUCACACAUUAAAUACGAUGUGGACUACAUUUAAAAUUCAUCACAGGUACUAUUAUUAAGUUAACUAAAAUUUUCACCAGAAAGUUUACAAUAUAGAAAUUGAAAAAAUUGAUUAAUUAUAAGUGUUUCAUUUUAUACUCUUUUCUUAUGUAGAUAUUCGAUCUGCAAUGGUAUUAGUGUGGGAAAAAAGAACGGGGAGAGUAAUUAUAUAAACUUCUUUACUACGUAAAAUAUUAUAAUUAAAUAAAAAAAAGAUACGAUUUAGUAACAUACAUAUCUAUAUCUGCACAAUGUUAAAAUUAUACAACAGUUUUUAAAUUCCAAUGUUUGUAAAUGUAUGUAUUUUUUCGAAAUUAAUUCAAUAUUUUUCUAAUGAAAGUACAAUUAUGAUUCUGAUUACCAUAAAUAGAUUUUUUUUUCAUAAAAUAUUGAAUUUAUUAAAAAAACUCGUUCACAGUUGUUUUGAUUUUCUAAUUCUUAUUCUACUAUAAAAAAUAUGAAAACUAAGGCUAACUAAUGUAACAGUUAAGACAUCUAGCAUAGUUAUUUAAUGUUACUUCCGUAGUUUCGAAAUUGUGGUAUUUGGAAUGCAUAGUUGAGACUUUUUGUAUAAACAAUGAAAGUGGAAAAGAAUCCUUUUAAUAGUAUAGCAUUCUAUGAAACCUCUUAAACCUCUUAACGUUUGUUUGACCACGUUGACGAGUGAUUAAUGCGUUUGAUAUGAGAAAGUCUAUUACAAUUUUCUCUGCUUCACGUAUUGCGUUAAAUGAUGCAUUGAUACGAUCAAGUAAUUGCUUGUUGUGCGAAACUGACGCUAAUCGUUUCAGGUCAGCGUGAAAUUACUAUAAUUUCCUGGUUUUGUGCUAUUCUUCACACUAAGUUUCAACACAAUUGUAAUAUCGUUUUGAAAUGAGAAUACUUUUACACGGAUUAGGAAAAAUCUUAACAAACUUUAAUAUUUUACGUAAAGCUUAUUUUCGUUAACAAAAGUGUUUUAUUAAAAUAUUCUUAGAAUUAAAAAAUGAAGUAAAACUCAAUCGUAAAUAGUAUCAAAAAUCUGUACUUCAACCUUUUUUAUUGAAUAUUCAUUCGUUAAAAAUAUCAGAUAUGUUUUUAAUCGUGUAAGAGGAUAUUGAAGAACUGCAAUAAUAUUUAUUCGAUUAAGAUUUGAGUAAAAAGUCAAAUGUUAGAAUGGGAAGAUAGUAAAUGGAAGUGCGUAGAACCAUUAACUGCCACUAUUUUUGUACGCUUCAUUUUGUAUAUUUAUGGUAAAUAAUGAAACAAAGUGUAUCCAUAAAUAAAAUUAUUAUACAUGAGUCGUUUAAAUAAUACACAUGCUAAAUAU